UAACGAAAGGCGAAGGAAAAUAAAAUCAUAGUAGCCUUGGCUAAGGAAAUAAAACAAACUGUGCGAUCAGGUUUUUGUGCAGCCGAGGGCCGGCUAACCACGACGAUCGAUUCCCGGGCAAGGGUGGGAACGAUUGCAGAAACUACUACGGCGGGUGUGCGAAGUCGCCCUUAUUAACUGCAGCCGCGCCGCCGUUUUGUAGCGAAUGGCAACAAGGUUCCGGCGGUGGGCCUAGAACUGGUGUGGUGCCUGUCGCCGAUCCGGCGCGGCUGCAUGGAGAAAGCUGCCAUCCUCGUACCGGUCAAGACGUCUCUCGGCCCCACCAACGGUAGAGUGGGCCGCCGGGAAAGGAUGUCGCGGCGCAAAAAUCUGGCCGGUCUGUGUGCGGUCACCGUUGGCUGUAUCCUGGUGCUGUACGCAAGCCAGCGUUACACCUCGAACAGCUACGGCACCGACUACUUCCGACCGCGGGAACGAACCGCCAACCAGCGAAUGCUGAACUCCCACAAAUACUACGGGCUCCGUUCGGCACCGUACGGUGGCGGUGGCGGGAGUGUCCCAGCGUACGACUCGUUCCCGCCGAUGCCGACGGCCCACAAUGCGACCAUCGGCAUCGAGGAUGUGCUGAGCUAUCAGCGCACCCUGUUGGCCGCCGAAACCGCUUCCUACGAGUAUACUGCCAACUUCGAGGAGCAGAAGCUGUCGGAACUAACGCCGGAAACGGGCGGGAACCCGCGCCGCAGUGUCAUCAUCACAACGUGGCGCUCCGGUUCGACGUUUCUCGGGGACAUCCUGAACGCGCUGCCCGGCAACUACUACCACUACGAGCCGCUGCUCGACUUCGAUAUCGUGCAGAUCCGGGGACCACCGAACGACAGUGUAGCGAUCCAUAACCUACGGCAUCUGCUGCGCUGCGACUACAGCGGGAUGGAGAACUAUCUCGACUUUGGCCGGACGCACAACUAUCUGUUCAGCCACAACACCCGCCUCUGGCAGCAGUGUGUGCGCUUUCCCCAGUUCUGCUACGAGCCACGUUUUCUCGGGCCCUACUGCCAGCUGUUUCCACUGCAGAGCAUGAAGGUGGUCCGAUUGCGGGCCUCCCUUCUGUUGCCACUACUCGAGGACGAAAGCUUGAACGUGCGCGUGGUGCUGCUGAUACGUGACCCGCGGGGAUCACUUCAGUCACGGAAGCACCGUGUCUGGUGCCCGGGACGCCCCGACUGUGACGAUCCGACCACCGUGUGCAGCGACAUGCAGCUGGACUAUGAGGCGGCCAUCGAGCUGAGUGAACGCUUUCCGAAGCGGUUUCGAGUGAUACGGUACGAGGACCUCUCGUUGAACCCGUACCAAAUGACCAAAGAGAUUCUGCACUUCUAUGGGCUUCCAUUCCAUCCGGCGGUACGAGCAUUUCUCGAUACGCACACCAAGCAGGACGUUGGCGGCGUUAGCUCGACGUACCGCGACUCCAAAUCGGCGCCGUUUCACUGGACGAAGGACCUCACCUUCGAAGAGGUGAAAAUUAUUCAGGACAGUUGUGUGGCGGCGAUGAAAAGCUGGGGCUACCGGAAUGCCACCAGCGAGCGGGAACUGAACGAUAACUUCAACCCCCUGCUACCGUACAGUGUUUCGUGAGGCAUGACACGGCGGUGUUGGGCGCAGUGCUGUUCGUCCGUAAGCCGACCACGGACUGGUGGAGCAGGAGAGUGUUUUGCUCCAAACAUGGCGCACUGGAGAAUGCUGCUUCGUCGGGAAUUGUCCCACUGAUUUUAGGAGGCUUUGACGACGAGGGUUAGCUGUGUGUCGACACACUGGGAAAAGCAUUUGGCAAUCGCGGAUCCGAGAGGCGGAAUCAUGUGCACUUAUUAUCAUUGAAUUAGCACAGGCGCACAAGGAUGCGCUUUCGUUGCGCUGGAAAGCGUUCUAUGGUGAGAAGAUGGCCCUAACGGAGCAGUUUGUUGCAUACUUUCUUUGUGUUGGCCGUGAUUGAUAACUUUGACUCGUUCUUCGACUAAAUAGUUUUAUAAGCUGAGCG